AUGGACUCAUGGGCCCUAAACGAACUAAUCCUAAUUAAAAAAAUUUCAAUUUUCGUUAUUCGCUCAUUCCAAAUUUUCCAUUUUCCAAUUUUCUUCUUAACACGCUAACCCAAAUCCGAAGCUCCUUCCAUCUGGGUCUUGAGUGUUCACACUCCAACAAUAAACAACACCAUCGUCAUCAAGCAGUGAUAGUUGAAGAAAAGGAAGUUAAGCCAGUUUUUCUUGAGAGAAACCACUGUUUGCAGAAUAUGAAAGAGGAAGAGUUGAACCGAUGUCAGAUUCAGGAAUGGUACCCAAGGUUCAAAUCUGUAUCCAUCAAGACCUUAAUUCAUCAACUUCCUGAAUCUUUCAUCCAGUACCUUCUUGAUGACACUGGGCUGUUCCUGUUACCUGUUUCUGUCUUAAAUGAAGAUGCAUUGCCGAAUAGAGUUCAUAAUCCCGACGAGGAAGAUUUUGAGGUGUCAGAGGGAUCCAGCGAUGAAGCAGAAGAACAUUCUCCGCCACCUUCUUUUCCAGAACUCGAAUUAAAAAUUAAGGAAUCCAUUGAGUCCCUUGGGGGUGCAGUCUUCCCCAAGUUGAAUUGGAGUGCCCCAAAAGAUUCAGCUUGGAUAAGCACUGCCCGCACCCUCCAGUGCACCACUUUCAGUGAGAUUGCGCUCUUGUUCCGAGCAUCUGACUCAUUGGUCCAUGACUUGUGCCAUGCUUAUGAUUCCUGCCAUGACAAAUCUUCAUCCAGACCCGUGAAUUUCUUCCUCGCCCUCCGGAAAUGGUAUCCAUCCCUUCAGCCAGACAUGGAGUUUCGGUGCUUCAUACAUGAGCAAAAACUAGUCGGAAUCUCUCAAAGAGAGGUUACCACUUUUUAUCCUGCUCUGCUUGAAAAGAAGAAUGGUCUCCUAUUGCUGAUGCAGGGAUUUUUCAACAACUAUGUGAGAGCUAGAUUUGAGUCAGAAAACUACACAUUUGAUGUUUACAUUACAAAGAAUGAGAAAGUUAAGGUUGUGGAUUUCAACCCUUGGGGUGGCUUUACAUUGCCAUUGUUGUUUACAUGGGAUGAAUUAGAGCAUAUCCAAAGUGAAGAUGAUGAUGUGGAAUUUAGAAUUGUGGAAGAUCGUUGUGCUGUUAGGCCAGGCCUCAAAACAGCAGUUCCAUAUGAUUACUUGGAUACAAGCCCAGGGAGUGGUUGGGAUCAGUUUCUAAGGAAUGCAGAUGAAGAGUUGCAUAGACAAUCCAGGUCUACCGAAGCUGGUGCAUGAUAAUAUUAGGUACUGUUUCUCAGUGUUUAAAAUCCCGGCUCAACCAUCGACUCGGCCGAGGUCAGGGGUCAGGGCUCACGGAGUCACGGGUUCAACCGGGGGGUCAAGGGGUCACUACGCUGACCCGGUUUUCUAUAUUAAAAAUUUAUAAAUAUAUAUAUCCUAUAUGAAAAUAUUAAAAACUAAACCACCAAUCAUCAAAGAUCCAAAAUAUGCUUAACAUAAUUCACCAAUUACAAUCACAAGUCAAUAUUACACAACCUAAUUAAAGUAUCAAAAUACUAAAGUACAAAACUCGUAUUCUAAUAGGGUCACUAUAUUGACUCGGUUCUGCCUCUUUUAAGGUCACUGACAAAGGAAAAUUUCAAAGAAGUAAGAAUGAGUUUUGUUUUCCAUCAACGACUGUAAGAUUUCAUUUGAAUGGGUAAAAUUCUUUCCUUUUCUAAAAGAUUCACGGCAGCAAGGUGAAGAUUGAAGACAUCUACGCCGCUUGGAGAGAAGAGAAUGAUUAGAUUUUGGUUUGCAAGCAUUUUUAUUUUAUUUUUUUUAAUAAAAUGACGUUAUUUCUUGGAAUUUUUUCUGUUUGUUUUGUUUGUUUUAUACCGAAGCUGGUGCGUGAUAAUAUUAGGUACGUCUGUUUCUCAAUUGAGUAGGUUUUCUUUUCUUUUUUCCUUUUCAAAUUUUAUUUGGAGCUUUUUGACAAAGAAGGGGGAAGAGACUUGUGUCUAGAAAAGUUCUUUCCAAUUGAGGGUGUAUUUUUCUGGUAACAUUUUA